CAGUUUAUAAAAUCCCGCAACGUCUCACAAGAAAAAGGGCGACUCUGGAGUUGACUCCCCACCAUUUUCGACUGUUUGUUUCUCUCUCUCUUCUUCCUCACAUCACAAUAUCACAUAACAUCACAUGGGCAAGGCCGCCAAAUGGUUCAGAGGCCUCCUCGGCCUGAAGCCCUCCGACUCCACCCACCGCCACCCGCCUAAGAAAUGGAACUUCACCGCCCGCCACAAGAACGUCCCCGACCAAGACGCUGAGGCCAGCAAGCACGCCAUCGCAGUGGCUGUCGCCGCCGCUCACGCUGCCGCCGCGGUUGUCCAGCUCAAUACCAGCGGCAGGAAUAUCUCCGCCGCGCGCCGCGAGGAGUUGGCUGCCGUCGCGAUUCAGUCUCACUUCCGCGCCUAUCUGUCGAGAAGAGCUCUACGGGCGCUCAAGGCGUUGGUGAAGCUGCAAGCGCUGGUGAGGGGUCACCUCGUGAGGCGGCAAACUGCGUAUGCUAUGCACCGGUUGCAGGCGCUUGUCCGAGCACAAGUGCGAGCUCGGGCUGUUCGGGCUCUGAUGUCGGAAUCCUCUCACUUCAAUUAUCCGGGGCCGGUAACACCUGAGAAAUUCGAGCAUGCUACUCGGUCUAGGAGCGUGAAGCAUGACCAAACUAUGAUGCUAAAGAGGAAUGGUUCGAGGUCAAGCGGAACUCCCCACCACCACGAUCCUGAGAAGCCACAUGCUAGCCGUGUGUUGUUGAUGGACAGCAGAAGGUUGUGGGAGCAAGGCGAUGAUAGAAGCGACAAGAUUCUUGAAGUGGACACCGGUAAUCUACAUCAUGUCAAUUCCAAGCGUAGGACCCUCUUCUACUCGUCUCAUCUUAGCCUAGGCUCCGAUCAGAACUGUCCGAGCUACACCACAUCCAAGGACUCCACAGCCCGACAGUCAGUACGGAGCAUGUCAUCAGGCGAAGUUCAGUCCCUGAGCCCCUUCAAGUUUGCAGAGGAGGACCCAGACGAGAGUGCCUUCUGCACUGCUGACAACAGCCCGGCAUUCUAUUCAGCAUCAUCGAGGUCCAAAAGAGGAGGCCCCUUUACCCCUACCAAGAGUGAUGGUACGAGAAGCUGCCUGAGCGGUUACUCUGAUCAUCCAAACUACAUGUCCUACACAGAAUCAUCAAAAGCUAAGGUGAGAUCGCUCAGUGCUCCGAGGCAGAGACCUAACUAUGAGAGAUCGAGCUCUACCAAGAGGUAUUCGGUUCACGGGUAUGGCGAUUCAAGGCCUGCUCAGAGAGUAUCUACGUUGCACGCCAACUUCACCAGCAAGGCUUACCCUGGAUCCGGACGCCUAGAUAGGUCCGGGAUGCCUGUUAGAGGCGACUUCGAUGGUUUCAGCAGUGGUGGUGGUAACUGGCAGAGAUUUUGAGCUAAAACUUGGCACAUAUUUUCCUUGAAACUUUUAACUAAUUGCUAAUGUAGCCAGGUAGAGAGUAUUCUAGCUAUGGAUGGGUUUGUUGUGUUGUGUUGUUUCGUUUAGUAUCAAUUGUAACAGUAAAAAUGUCAAGUAACUAUUUAGAGCUUUGGUAA